AUGCACAGGGACCUGGGAGUCCGGGUGCAGAGGGACCUGGGAAUCCGGGUGCAGAGGGACUUGGAAUUCAGGGUGCAGAGGGACUUGGGAGUCCGGGUGCAGAGGGAUCUGGGAGUCCGGGUGCACAGGGACCUGGGAGUCCGGGUGCAGAAGGUCCUGGGAGUCUGGAUGUUGAGGUUCCUGGGAGUCCGGGUGCAGAGGGACUUGGAAUUCCGGGUGCAGAGGGGCUUGGGAGUCUGGGUGCAGAUGGAACUGGGAGUCCAGGUGCAGAAGGACCUGGGAGCCCGGGUGGAGAGGGACCUGGGAGUCUGGGUGGAGAGGGACCUGGGAGUCCGGGUGCAGAGGGACCUGGGAGUCCGGAGACCUGGGAUCCUGGGUACAGAAGGACCUGGGAGUCCGGGUGCAGAGGGACCUGGGAGCCCGGGUGUAGAGAGACCUGAGAGUCCGUGUGUAGAGGCACCUGGGAGUCUGGGUACAGAGGGUCCUGGGAGUCUGGGUGCACAGGGACCUGAGAGUCCGGGUGCAGAGGGACCUGGGAGUCCAGGUGCAGAGGGACCUGGGAGCCCGGGUUCAGAGGGACCUGGGAGUCCGGAGGGAACUGGGAGUCUGGGUGCACAGGGACCUGGGAGUCCGGUGCAGAGGGAACUGGGAGUCUGGGUGCAGAGGGACCUGGGAGUCUGGGUGCAGAGGGACCUGGGAGUCUGGGUACAGAGGGAACUGGGAGUCCGGGUACAGAGGGACCUGGGAGUCCGGGUGCAGAGGGACCUGGGAGUCUGGGUGCAGAGGGAACUGGGAGUCUGGGUGCAGAGGGACCUGGGAGUCUGGGUACAGAGGGAACUGGGAGUCCCGGUGCAGAGGGACCUGGAAGUCUGGGUACAGAGGGAACUAGGAGUCUGGGUGCAGAGGGACCUGGGAGUCUGGGUACAGAGGGAACUGGGAGUCUGGGUGCAGAGGAACCUGGGAGUCUGGGUACAGAGAGACCUGGGAGCCCGGGUUCAGAGGGACCUGGGAGUCUGGGUGCAGAGGGACCUGGGAGCCCGGGUGCAGAGGGACCUGGGAGCCCGGGUUCAGAGGGACCUGGGAGUCCGGGUGCAGAGGGACCUGGGAGCCCGGGUUCAGAGGGACCUGGGAGUCCGGAGGGACCUGGGAGCCCGGGUUCAGAGGGACCUGGGAGUCCGGGUGCAGAGGGACCUGGGAGUCUGGGUACAGAGGGAACUGGGAGUCCGGAUGCAGAAGGAACUGGGAGUCUGGGUUCAGAGGGACCUGGGAGUCCGGGUACAGAGGGACCUGAGAGUCCGGGUGCAGAGGGACCUGGGAGUCCAGGUGCAGAGGGACCUGGGAGCCCGGGUUCAGAGGGACCUGGGAGUCCGGGUGCAGAGGGACCUGGGAGUCUGGGUACAGAGGGAACUGGGAGUCCGGAUGCAGAAGGAACUGGGAGUCUGGGUUCAGAGGGACCUGGGAGUCCGGGUACAGAGGGACCUGGGAGUCUGGGUACAGAGGGAACUGGGAGUCCGGGUACAGAGGGACCUGGGAGUCCGGGUACAGAGGGACCUGGGAGUCUGGGGAACUGGGAGUCCGGGUGCAGAGGGUCCUAGGAGUCCGGGUAUAAAAGGACCUGGGAGUCCGGGUGUAGAGGGACCUGGGAUCCCGGAUGCACAGGGACCUGGGAGUCCGGGUGCAGAGGGACAUGGGAGCCCGGCUGCAGAGGGUCCUAGGAGCCCUGGUACAGAGGGACCUGGGAGUCCGGGAAAGCAGUUGAGAGAUUUUGAAUGUUGA